UUAAUUAUUGUUAGUCUGAUCUGAUUGGCAUUAGUGAAGAAAAGUGGCAGUCUUUCCAUAGCAUAGUCGAAGAUAUAAAACAAAAAUGACGAACAGUGAGCUAUCUUCACUUCAAUGAGUGUGUUAAUAGUUUAUCGUUGUCAAAAUUUGAAGAUUGUUAUUUGAAUAUUUUUUAAUCUGAUAUUUUAAUGGGGAUUAAUAUUUUAGUGGUUCUUAAGAAAAUUAAAAGCACAAUUUGGAUAUAAAUGACCUUGUUUCGUAAGAUUAGUGAAGAAACUAAAUUUUUCUAUGAAGAUUUCAUGUUUGCCUUGCUUCUAAACAAUUACCGGGAAAAGAAUUGCGAAGCAUUUUGUUACCCUUAAAGUCAAAAAAUGCAUACGAGAAAGUGUAUGUUUCGUUCGAAGACUGGAAAAAUUAAAACCGCAUCAAGGAAGUAACCGAAGAUGUUAUCUUGGUUUUUUUGGACAUGAGAUCGCAAAAGUUGUCACCUUGUUCUUUAUGGCCAGAAUAUUCAAUGUUAAAGGCCACUCUAAAGGCAAAAGAAAACAUAGAUAUUGAAAAAUUUGGUGCUGUUAUUUCGUAUAUAAAAAAAUUAAAUGUUGGUUAUCGUGGCAAAAUAUCCAACGUUCUGACACGAGAAGAAAUCAAAACUUUCUUGCAAGAAGCUGAUGACGGAGAAUAUUUAAUCGAGAAGGUUGCUUUAAUCUUUGGAAUUGCCGGAGCUUGCAGAAAGGCCGAAUUGUGUGUUAUGAGAUUUGGCGAUAUACAAGAUUGUGGUAAUGUUCUGAAUAUUGUUAUACCUGACAGUAAAACCCACAAAGAAAGAAGCUUCAGUGUAGUUAAUGAAGGCUUUGGUGUUAAUACCAUUGAUUUGUAUCGACGUUAUGUUGCUUUACGACCCACAAAUUCACCAUUGAGGUUUUUUUUACACUAUUAUAAAGGUAAAUGUACUCGCCAAAAUGUAGGAAUUAACACCUUUGGAAAAAUUCCCAGAAAAAUUGCAACUUUCCUCAAUCUGGAAAAUCCAGCUAAAUACACAGGUCAUUUGGCAACUCUCCUGGUUAACGCAGGCGGAGACAUUACUUCGUUGAAGAGGCAUGGCGGGUGGGAAUCGACCAAGAUGGCAGAAUCUUACAUCCAAGAAUCUUUUGGAGAAAGAGUGAAAAUUGCUCAAAAAGUUUUUGGAGAUGAAAAGCUGGCACCGAAUGAAUUAGUUGACAAUGAAAUCGUUGUGGACAAACCCACGAACUUAAGUUACAGUGAAGCGUGUGGCAGUUCCAGUUCUAGCUCUAGUACUAGCAAGAACACCGCUCAAAAUGUUUAUUUUAAUAAUUGUACUUUUAACUUUGGUGAUAAUUAUUGUAAAGAUUCGAAAUAAAAAACUUGAAAUAUGCGAAA